AUGUCUAUCGAUUUUCCCAAGGAGGAGGAGGCCGUCCUCCAGAGAUGGCGCGAGAUCAAGGCCUUUGAGCGCCAGCUUGAGUUGACCCAGGGCAAGCCCCUCUAUACCUUCUACGAUGGCCCUCCUUUCGCCACAGGGCUUCCUCAUUACGGCCAUCUGCUGGCUUCUACCAUCAAGGACAUUAUUCCGAGAUAUUGGUCCAUGAAGGGAUUCCACGUCGAGAGACGUUUUGGCUGGGACACUCAUGGCCUGCCUAUCGAGCACGAGAUUGACAAGAAGUUGGGAAUCUCCGGCAAAGCUGCCGUCAUGAAACUAGGCCUGAAGAACUACAACGCCGAAUGCAGAUCUAUCGUCAUGCGCUACAGCGAGGAGUGGCGCCACACUGUUGAGAGGCUCGGCCGUUGGAUCGACUUUGACAACGACUACAAGGCAAGCAUCCGUCUCUUGUCUAACUCUUGA